AUGCGCAGCCUUUUCCCGGCGCCGACGGAGCGGUUUCACACGAGCCCGGCGCCAGCGGCGGCCACCAUGCUUGCGCGGGCGGUUCGCGCGCCGGCAGCGCGGCUGGCGCCGCGCUGGUGCCGUCAAAUGGCUGUGCAAAAGUUCCCUGUGCCGGAGAUGGGCGACUCGAUCAGCGAGGGCACCGUGCUCGAGCUGAGCAAACAGGUCGGUGACUAUGUUGCUUUGGAGGAGGUCCUUGUGGUGGUGGAGACGGACAAGGUGACGGUGGACGUGCGGUCCCCGGCGGCUGGCACGAUCACGAAAUGGGUGGACCUGCGGCCGCUGCCGCGCCCGCCGGUGCGCCGAAAAUGGGCGCUCCUCCUGUCGGAGUGA